UCUACACAUGCUAAUAAACAUCAUACAACGCUGAUUACAACAAGUAUUUGUUUGAAAGACUACUUCCUUCUUAUUCUGGUCUCUUCUGCUCCAUCUAACGUCGGAAGGAGGAGAGGCAUCCGUUUAACUUGGGGGGCUGAGAAUUCUACGAAACCUUGGUGGAAAACGUAUUUUCUUGUUGCUCAAACGCGAGACCGCAACCUGUCGGAAUCGCUGCUACACGAAGGUGACGCCUUCGGAGAUCUUAUUCGAGCAGAUUACUUUGACGAUUAUUGGAAUCAGACCCUAAAGAUACAAAUGGGUUUUGAAUGGGCUUCCAGAUAUUGUAAUUUUUCUUUUCUUCUAAAAGUAGAUGACGAUGUUUUUGUGAACAUGAGCGCGUUACUUUCCAAUUUAACUAAUCGUAGCAUGCCUAAGUAUAAAUUGUACAUGGGAUUGCUCUGGCAAAAACUUCCAGUGAGAAGAUAUAAAGGAGACAAAUGGGAAGUGACCAAAGAAGAGUAUGAACCCGACUUCUACCCCGAUUACUGCCCGGGGUUUGGAUUUGUCCUCUCCUUCGAUGUGGUCCAUUCGUUUGUAAACUUAUAUCAAGUUGUAAAGCCGUUUAAAAUUGACGAUGUUUACGUUGGAAUGCUUGCGGAAAGAGCCGGUGUACGUGGGACAAACAACUACGGAUUUCGAUUGUAUCUUCCCCGGCCUGACGUUCCUUGUAACUUUGACAAUCAUAGUGCAAUCGUAUGGCAUGGUGUUACAGAAGAAUGUGUAUUCCAACUUUUUCACUCUGCUGCACACCACUGAAUAGCCCUCUAUUAUGAUUUUAGUGCGUUUUAUUAUAUUCAUGAUUCGUUUUAUUAAUGUCAAGGCAGUAAGGAAAAGGCCUGGAGUUAGCAGCGAUAGUUAACUUUCGCCUUGUAGACACCUGGCUAAUCACGGGUACCCCCGGCAAAAAUAACUGCCGUUUGACUGAAUAAACUUUUGCUACUAACGGACUUAAUGCUUAAAGACACAUUCGUCUGUGCAUAUGACCGCUUUCCAUUCAACCAAAACUUUCGAAAAUUGAAUAUGCCAAGAAAACAUAUCCAGGGGCAUUUUUUGGUAAAAGCUGUUAAUGACUUCUGUCUUCUAUUUAUAGAAACUCAGAAAAACAAACUGAAAUUAACAUAAGCGAAUUCCUGACUUUUGUCUGGCCUUUGUCAUUAAAAUUUAAUGUUUGUCUGUCUUUUGUCAUUAAAAUGGAGAAAAUGGCAAAACUCAGACAAAAAUUGCGAAUUUCCGAACGGAAUGUCGUGUUCCAUUUACGUUUCUCGUAGUUUGUACCAGUUCCAGGUCCACGGUCGGGCACCCGGCCACGUACCGGGGUUUACGACCAAAUGGAACAACUUUUUACCAAUCGGAAAUUCCACUUUUGCUACCACCGAAAUUUCCGGGUUUUUUUCGUAAAUGGAAAGCGCCCCUUGUCUCUUUUUUAUUACACUGUCAGGUCAGAUGAUGUAAAAGUACUCAAAUCGCGCUGAAACUUCGUAAAAACAAAGGCAACGACUCCAGGUAACAAUAUUUACACUUUAUUGAUAACGUUUAUCGCUAUUACUUCAUUUAUUUCAUCUAAGUUUCUAACUCUAUUUUUCCCAUACAAACUCUCAUAUUACGCCACAGGUGGCCCAUAUUACGCUUGGGCCAGCUGUGUAUUUACAUGUAGUUCGUUAUUUAACGCAUUAGACUGGUUUCCUACUCAUAGGCCUUGUCAGUAACUGUGCUCACAUUGUGGAGCCUACUCUAUCCCAGAGUAUAUGUAGCUCUCAUAUCUUUGUUGACUUACCCUGUGUCAACAAGCAUAGCUGAGCGUAGCUUCAGCGGUAUGAAGAGACUGCAAACCCCUUUACGUAGGACCAUGACAGACGAGACUGAUUAAGUUCUCUUGCAAUUCUGCAUAUGAGCACAAGGACGUAAUUGAUAUUGAUGGCAUUAUAACAGAAUUUGCCUGUCUAAAGGGUACACAUCUCGCCCUUUGCUUCUAACCUCCUUGAUAGCGUCACUGUUUUCAACCUCGUUCCCAGGGUUCUCUCCUACCCGCCCUAGUUUUGAUACACCACACUUUUGUGAACGCCCCUCCCCCCUCCCCCCCUCCCCGCCGGGACGUAAUAAACGAUCGGUCCCUACGUAGAAAAUGCAGUCACGCGAAACAAGCCGUGCACACGAAAUCAAUUCGCCUCUGAAUGAGUGAAGAAAAUUUCCAUAAGGGGUUGAGUAGAAUUAAUUAUACAGAUUAUAUUAUAUAUCCUACGGCUUUAACUAUUGUUAUAGAUAUGAAAUAAAUCUUGCCCGGAUAAUGUACGCAGCUUAUUCAUCGAUUUCUGCACAGCAAAGAAAAAACUGGCCGGAUAUUGGGUAUCUGACAUCAAUACUUAAUGAAUUUUCGAGCAUCGGCAUUGUUGCGUAACAUUCAAAAUAUAAGAAUUUGUAUGGGAGAAAAAACCUAUCGUUUCUGUAACGAACGAAAAUGAAAGGAUUUCAAUAAAAAACAGUUUACCUUACUUAAAAUGUGUGUUACAUCUCUCCUGUGUGGUCCACGGGCCGAUUUAUGGACGUUUUCUGGGUUUUUAUGUAAACGGUUUUCUCUCUAUAUAAAGGUUUACCCCGGGGGGGGGGGGGGUACUCCCACACAUUAACCUUUCCCGUCUAAAGCCAUCGACUGUAGCCUGUGUACAAACGUCCCCCCUCCCUCAGGAGGGACGACGUCUGUACACAGGCUAAUCGACUGAGGCUCGGCUUGAACUCCGCGUUACCGUUGAAAGAUAGCGACACGGCCUGAGACUCAAAUUACUCACACUCGGGGUGGGAGACAAACAAUGCCAGUGAAUAAUGGGACGCUCACUUGUAAACACAAAAUCUGGGGGGAAAAUUGCUUAUGUUUGAGUCCCUAUUUUAAAGUCUUCCCUGUUUUUAAUGUCCUUGAAACUUGCAGGGAAUAUUUCUUGACGAUUGAUCUCGGAAUUGUCGAAUUUAUAAAAAAAAUUAUCGAGCGGUUUUUGGAAAAAUGCGACAUUCUUAGGCAUGGACCAAAUUACCUCCAAAAACUGUAUCAAAAGCAGCUGAAUGCAAGUUAAUAAAAUUCUUCUUACUCGCGAUCGCCAAGAGCAAUUCCCCUCUUUUUUUGUAUGCAGUUUUCAAUGGAAUCAAACCACUAUGAGAUGAAGCUGCAUUCCCAAAGCUUAUCAUUUUCUUAAUAUAUUAGCGAAUUGAGCGGCUGGCAUGCUAUUUUACUGCUUUGAUGAUUCUUAAAACUGCAUUUCGAAAUAAUUCGAAAACGCUCUCAUAGAAUUUCUUCAAACUUUGCUAUAAUGGAGGCAAUUAUGGCAGGUACAUACUCCCUUAAGCGAUUUCUUCAAAAAACUCCUGGUACAGAGAAACACAAGGAUAAAUGAAAAACGUAAUGGCGUUAUUACGUUGCCAUGGCGACUCCGAUUGCAAUAAAACCCAGAUCAUAAGAAACUUUCAUCUUUAUGUAAUACAGUUGUGGUAACCUUUUUUCGAUAUCUUUACUCAUGCCGACGUAGUUAAUGCUCAAACUUGGGAGGUAUCGCCCUAAAAAAAUCCAGUCGAGCCACCUUAAUGCAUGAAUUUUAGUAAAUUAUUAUUAUAUUACUGGGAAUAUUGACAGCGAGCAGAGUUAAAUUCGACAGAGUUCAGAGAGUUAAAUUCGACGUUUGAAUCAAAUGCCGCAUUUAACUAUUUAAGUCGACUAAAAUAGGAAUUAAGUUCGGCACAUGUGAGAUUCGACGUUUGAACUGGGCCUUAGGUUCAGUUCGUGAAAAGUUUGGCGUCUGUCUAAACCGGGUCUUUAAAAGGUACCUUUUUUAGCACAUGGUCAUGCCUAUCUCGCUCAGCUAUGCGUAUCAGGCCAAACUAUGCACCUGCCGCCGCACCUAAAUACAACUCCUAUUGGCUACCUGUUGUGUCUAUUGUGUAAACUAUUCUUUACGGAUCAUUGUUAUUCAAAAAUGGAGUCCAGUCUUUUACAGUAUAACUGGAAAGAAAAUUUGCCGUACAAGAGAGAAUAAGAUCAUUUUUAUCGCAAUCUCAGCCGAAAAUCGCGAUUGCACCCACAGUCCAUCCCUACACUGAAAUGGAAGAUUUCGCUGAGUCUCUAAAGUGGGCCUUUUAACAUACAGAGAUUAAUUUUAUUCGUCGCAUCAGCGGUCGCAUGUUACUACGAUCUACACGCAAACAGCCGUUAUUCGUCGAUAUGUUCAUGAGUAGAAAGUUUCUUAUGAAAAAGGCGAUAUACUGCUUCGCUUUUGUGGUGUUUUGUUUUUUUGCUAGGUGUAUGAUCAACUUAAUAGAGACGGAUCCUUGGACUGCCUUGACACCGACCGAUGAGCCGAACCAGUAUGUGACACAGAAAUCGUUCGUGGAAUUAUUCAUGCGAUUGCAAAACACAACACAUCCACAAGGACACCAAUCGACUUUGAUUUCUACGAGCAAAUGCUCAACUCAUCUCUUUCUUCUUAUUUUGGUUUCUUCUUCUCCUUCGAACAUCGAACGGAGGAAAGACAUUCGCAGAACUUGGGGAGCUGACAAUUCUACGAAACCUCGGUGGAAGGCAUAUUUUCUUAUUGCUCAAACGCGAGGCAGAAACCUGUCGCAAUCGCUGCUACACGAAGGUGACGCCUUCGGAGAUCUUAUUCGAGCAGAUUACUUUGACGAUUAUUGGAAUCAAACCCUAAAGAUACAAAUGGGUUUUGAAUGGGCUUCCAGAUAUUGUAAUUUCUCUUUUCUUCUUAAAAUAGAUGAUGAUGUUUUUGUGAACAUGAACGCUUUACUUUCCAAUUUAACUAAUCCUAGCAUGCCUAAGUAUAAAUUGUACAUGGGAUUGCUCUGGCAAAAACUUCCAGUGAGAAGAUAUAAGGGAGACAAAUGGGAAGUGACGAAAGAAGAGUAUGAACCCGACUUCUACCCCGAUUACUGUCCGGGGUUUGGAUUUGUCCUCUCCUUCGAUGUGGUCCAUUCGUUUGUAAACUUAUAUCAAGUUGUAAAGCCGUUUAAAAUUGACGAUGUUUACGUUGGAAUGCUCGCGGAAAGAGCCGGUGUAAAUGGAACAAAUAACCACGGAUUCAAAGAAAAACCAUCUCCUCCUAUCGUCCCUUGUACUUUUGAUAACACAACGUUGUUAUGGCAUGGUAUAACAGGAGAGUGUCUAUUCAAACUUUUU